AUGAUGCGGCUUUACUUAUUCGUGACGCGCGGCAUCAGCCUCUUCUCCCUUGCCAAGGCAUUUUACCUGGAUGAUGAUAUGUGUCUAGCAACACGGGCAACCCCACCAAACCCUCAGAUAGAGCAUGAUCUUGGACCCUUACUUGACAGUUCUUCAAGUAUAUUUGGUCCAGAUGACCCACGAUGGUAUAAUGCUACGGCUAGAUGGCAGGCCUACCUGCCUCCUCACCCCUUUAUCGCCGUGCAAGUCGGGGUAGAGCGGGACAUCGCUACUGUCGUCGAAUACUCUAAGCGCAAUGGUAUCCCCUUUUACGCUGUCAACCGCGGCCAUGGCCUUGCAGCACAGCAGGGAAAUUUCACUGGAAUCGAGAUUGACUUGCAAUUAUUGACCAACAUUACUCUUGCUGAAGAUCGGCAGUCUGCCCUUUUCCAGGGAGGAACUUAUGAUCAGCAGGUCAUCGACUACCUCUGGGACCUUGGCUAUGUGACUACUACCGGUAGCUGUGGCUGCGUUGGCAUGCUAGGCCCCGGCCUAGGGGGUGGCCACGGGCGAUGGCAAGGGUUCCACGGGAUGAUCAGCGACAACUUCGUCAAGCUGAACGUCGUGCUCGCAGACGGGUCGGCUAUUGAGGUCUCGCAGGACUCUCACGCCGACUUAUUCUGGGCCAUGCAAGGUGCCGGUCACAACUUUGGAAUCGUGACAAGCUUCGAGCUCAAGAUCUACCCGCGUCUAUACGACACAUGGUAUUUCAAGAUUUACAUCUUCACUCAAGACAAGCUGGAGCCGUUGUUUGAAGAGCUGAAUAAGCUGCAGAAUAAUGGCACCCAGCCUAUCAACAUGGCUGCGCAGUUUGGGAUGUAUCUCAUUAACACGAACUUUAGUAAAACAGAGGCCGUAAUCUGGUGGUCUUUCGCCUACGCGGGCACUCAGGCGGAAGCGCAACAGUACUUGACACCGUUCGAUAGUCUCGGGCCCGUCAAUAUCACGGACGGCAACGUCCCGUACACAGAAAUUAUGCAUGUCACAGGCACCGGCGUGGGCGACAGUCUUUGCGACAAGGGGCUGGCUCGCCAUGUCGGCACCGCCGGUUUGCAGGUAUACAACAUCACGACGCAGCGCCAGAUCUACGACCUGUUCAACAAGAAAAUAGCCGAGUAUCCGGCGUUCGCUGCAGACACUGCCGUGAUCAUGGAAGGCUACUCGAUUGAAAACGUGAGGAACAAGGACCCGAAGGCGUCGGCGUAUCCGCUCCGCGAUGACUAUCUCCUCAUGCAAACCGUCGUUUCAUACCUGCCAAAUUCGAGCCUCGACGCUGCUGUGAUGGAGUGGGCUCGGAAUAAUGUCGACCUGUGGAACGAAGGCCAGCCAGGGAGGCUUCCGACGACCUACGUCAACUACGGGUCGGGUGCCGAGUCGCUGGAGUCCAUCUAUGGCUACGAGCCGUGGCGUCUUGAGAAGUUGAGGGCACUUAAGAAACGGUAUGACCCGCAUAACCAAUUCCGCUAUUAUUUUCCCAUCAUCCAGUAG